CUUUUCAUCCGUCGAUUUGCCGAUCAUACCAGUAGUACGGGAAACCACACUAUCCGGUUUCUCUUUCCAUAAUUAUAGCACAGCUACUUCUUGCCCCCUCAUUAUAGGCCACUUUGCCUGACGUCAAUGCGAUGAUCAACCCUACGCACAGCCUCAGGGUAGCGCUCCUGCUGGCGCUGACAACGCUGCUUACGGUAACCCUCUGGGAGCUCAACAGUCAUCCGUUGACCUGUUCCUACGACAAGAAGGCAAAAGAUCUCUACGAUCCCGGUUCUUUAUACUCUACCCAUGAGGUGUAUAACAACACCCUCUAUCAAAAUGGUCUCAAUAAUAACGUGCAUGCACAGCAUAACUUCAGCCGCCCCUGCGAGGGCUUUCCCGACACCACGAAUAUCAUGUUUAUUAUGAAAACGGGCGCUUCGGAGGCCUUCCAGAAGCUCCCUACCCAGUUGCUCACGACAAUGUCUUGCCUCCCUGACUUUCUUAUUUUCUCCGAUCUUGAACAACAGAUAGGCAAAUACCAUCUAUACGACGCCCUCGACCGCGUUAGCCCAACUCUUAUGAACCAGUAUCCCGAAUUCGAACUAUAUAAGGCGCAGAAAUUCUGCCCUAUUCCUCAGCAUUAUUGCGCCGCGGAGAUGAGCGGAGGCUGGGACCUUGACAAGUAUAAGUUCCUGAAUAUAGCCGACCGUGUGUGGCAGAGGCGUCCGGGCAUGGACUGGUACGUGUUUGCUGAGGCAGAUACCUAUAUCGUGUGGUCCAACAUGGUCCAAUGGCUUCGUGAGGAGGCACCAAAGGGCCCUCAAUACCUCGGCAACGUUGCGCUCCUGAACGAGUUCCCCUUUGCGCAUGGAGGCAGCGGCUACGUCGUCUCCGGCGAGCUCAUGAAGACCAUGGCCAAUAAUAUUACAGAUCUCGCUACUAAAUACGACGAACGCGCCGGAGGCGUAUGCUGCGGAGAUUUUUUGUUUGCCAAGGCGGCUAGCGAAGUUGGCACUAAUGUCCAGCAAGUCCAUCCUAUGUUCAACGGCGAACGACCCUUGAGCAUACCAUAUGGCCAUGGACAAUGGUGUGAGCCUAUUAUCAGUAUGCACCAUGUGAGCCCGGAAGAAGUCAGUACGCUCUGGCAAUUUGAGCAAACGAGGAAGAACAAGAGUACCCUACUUAUUAAGGACAUUUACGAAGCUUUCAUGGCACCCUCUCUAACGCAGUUCCGCCAGGACUGGGAUAAUCUUUCAGACGACACGUGCUUCAUCGGCCCCCAUCAAGUAGAUCAGGAGAAUGCCGGUGACACAGAGAAAAGUCGGCAGAAGCUUGAGCGUGAAAAGACUAUAGUAGAGAAGGAAGCACAUAAGUCACCUACAGCAUGCGCUAAGGUUUGCGAAGCCGAUAAACUCAUGAUACCGGAAGACGAGUAUUUAGCACUGUCUGACGACAUUAAAAAAGACCACUAUCUCCAAGAGAAAUACGAGAAGCGGAUCAGGGAGGACGUCGGCGGCGUGUUCCGGCGGGGGAGGUCGUGUUUCCAGUGGCGAUAUCACCAGGGCGCUUGCUGCAUAAGCCAGAGUUUCAAACUCGGCAUGCCUCGGCAUGGAGCUGUGGAAGACGAAUGGACUAGUGGCUUCUUUGUCAAAGGUAUCAAGCAGUGGAUAGAGGCAAGAGGAGAAUGCCUUCAUCCAGAUUGGAGAGAGCCAUAUCUGACUUCGCCUAUGCACGAAUCAGAAUGACCUUCUUGGAUCUCGGAGACAAGUAUUUCUGGGAAGACUAGUUUAUAUAGCAUAUAUGUAGAGCACACCGCUAUCUGACAGUUGGGAAAUCUGUCAGGCGCCGUGCUGCGCCGGUGUGCAUGACGUUCUGUAGAUAGAGUUACCCUAAAACCCGCCCUAGGCGCAGCGACAGUGAUUAGACACACCCAGGCGUUCCAUGGGGGCUAGCAUCGACUAGGCAGAAGUGGAUCAGCAGGUCAGUAAGCAGUCUGAUCUUAGGCGAGAGAAAAGGAACUCAUCAUUAGUAUCAUGAUUAUCUAUAGAACCAGAUAUUCCCCCAAAUUUAAGAGGAG